GAGGAGACGGGCGGGUUCGCUGGCGCAGGGGUACCCUGCGCAGGCCGCUAGGAGCGGUUCCUGAGGGUCCUUGGUGUUAGUGCCCAGGUGCCUUCUGGCCUUGGCCUCCGGCCCUCCUAGCCCUUACCCUGCAGUACUGGGCGCCCGGUAGGACCGGCCGCCACGGCCAGGCUCUGAUGCUGGUCUCUGUUAGAAGGAGGCUGCUCACAGCUCUGCUACAAGUUCAGAAGUGGCCCUUUCAAUCUUCCAGAGACAUGAGACUGGUGCAGUUCCAGGCACCCCACCUGGUGGGCCCUCAUCUGGGCCUGGAGUUGGGGAAUAGUGAAGGAGUCAUCAACCUCAAUGCCUUUGACCCCACACUCCCCAAGACGAUGACACAGUUCUUGGAGCAGGGAGAGACCACCCUUUCAGUGGCAAGAAGAGCCCUGGCUGCCCAGUUGCCAGUACUACCACGGUCAGAGGUGACCCUCCUGGCCCCAGUCACACGGCCAGACAAGGUGGUGUGUGUGGGCAUGAAUUAUGUGGACCAUUGCAAAGAACAGAAUGUGCCUGUGCCCAAGGAGCCUAUCAUCUUCAGCAAGUUCGCCAGCUCCAUCGUGGGGCCCUACGAUGAGAUCAUCCUCCCACCCGAGAGCCAGGAAGUGGACUGGGAGGUGGAGCUAGCUGUGGUCAUUGGGAAGAAGGGCAAGCACAUCAAGGCCACAGAUGCCAUGACUCAUGUGGCUGGCUUCACUGUGGCUCAUGAUGUGAGUGCUCGUGACUGGCAAAUGAGACGCAAUGGGAAGCAGUGGCUGCUGGGAAAAACCUUCGACACCUUCUGCCCCCUGGGCCCUGCCUUGGUGACCAAGGACAGUGUAGCAGAUCCACACAACUUAAAGAUUUGCUGCCGAGUGAAUGGAGAGGUGGUCCAGAGCAGCAACACCAACCAGAUGGUGUUUAAGACGGAAGAACUGAUAGCCUGGGUCUCCCAGUUUGUCACUUUAUACCCAGGGGACGUAAUCCUGACUGGGACUCCCCCAGGUGUUGGUGUAUUCAGGAAACCCCCCGUCUUUCUCAAGGUCUCUGAAGGUCCAGAUAGCACUGAUGGCAAGAUUUGGGUCCACACACUCUAGAGGGGAGAGAGAAGUCAAGGUUCUAGGGAGCAAGGGCAAGGAGCCACUGAGUACAGGCUUCUCUCUUCCUCUUGUUUGGAGAAGGAACCCGGGGAUAGGACUCAAAACUGAAGUGAAGAUCCUCCACUCUGCAGCCUUCCUUCCAGGAGUUGGGCUAUAACUGACCAGCAGGGGGCAGCAACCACCAGAAAAACCCACCCAUCUCCAGGAGCCUGGCUUGGCUGCUCAAUACUCACCAAAGAUACCUUCUUCCUGGGCAGUAGCCUGCAAGAACUGGAACAGCUGCUCUGUGUAGCCUGACUCUGCAGGGGAGACCAGACCUAGACCCAGGGCUCUGCUCAGGCAGAGCCUGACCUGAGGACUGCAAGGGAAGGGAGGGCCUCACCAGUAUCUGGCAGCUGGCCCUGGUGGAGGAAGGAGGCAGCCUGUGCAAAGGCCUUGAGCAGUGGGCUGAGCAGGCGGCAGAGGAAGAGGAAGAAGUCCGGGCAGCGUGACUGCUGGCUGAGCUGAAGGGGACAUGCCAGGGUGAGGCCAGCUCCCCAACGACCUCCCUACUGCCUCCCUCUUGGGGUAGCUUCUCCCAACACACCCUGAAGUACCGGCCCUCAGCCUCCUCGAAGUCAUCACUGUCACUAUCAGUAAAGUCCCCACUUGGUUUCCACAGCA